UUAGAUAAUUCGAGAGUAGACAAUCCAUACCUCACAAGUGGCCUUAGAGCUCCAUUUCAGAGGCACAUUCUCUUGUAUGGUGACUUUUCACUGGCAGUUGUCUGCUGAUGUAUGGAAACUGUGGCACUGAUACCACUUCCACUAUCUGCAGGAGCUACUCUAGACAGAUUUCGCUAGGGCCAAUUGAUUUGGCACUAUCAGCAUGCAAUCAGAAACCAGGAAACCAUUGGAGAAAGUAGAAUUGCAUUCGUUGGUACUCUUCAAUGUGUCUGAUCACAUCGUCCGCGGGUCAGAGGGAAAGUUUGGCGUGCUUUUGGGUGUUGAUGACGGUAACCAAAUAGUUGUACAUACCUCCUUCGAAACAUUGGUGGUUGCAUCUACAAUAGAUCAAGAAUAUCUUCAGAGGAGACUCGAUCAAUUCCGAACUGUCAAUCCCGCAUACCAUAUUGUGGGUAUCUACAACAUAAAUAACAGCACGUCUCUCAACUCGUUAACCAUAUCCAUAGUUGAACAGACCAAACAAUGCAUAGGUAUCAACGGCGCAUUGAUUUGCUCUGUUUUCGAUAGUAACGAGCUCAGGUCGAAAGAGAGCACAGCUGCGUUCCAAAGCUACUUACUGGGCACACUCGAGCCGUUAAAGACUGUUGUCCGUACCAAUGAAAGUGAGUUUAUUGCCACAACAACUGCAGUAAACCACCAGGAGUAUUCCGGUAGCACAGCUGCAGAUGAGGGUCCCAGUAACGUAGAACACAAGGAAAACAUGGCCAUGACUGUCAAUCAAUUGAACGAGAAGGUACUGAAGGUAAUACAAUAUUUGGAAACUAGUUCGGAAGCUAAGACGACUGAAGAUUCGGCAAAACGAAAUGAGAUUAACAGGCUUGUUGUUCACUUGUCCAACAAACUAGACACGAUCAAAAGAAUGGGUUCCGACCGGUCUAAUGCUGAUCAGGUAACACUUCAAACCGCACAGCUCAGUCUUCUCACAGAACAGCUAACAAUUUUGGAUAAUUUGAAGGCUCAAAUUACCAAGCAUGUAGUGUGGCAUGGUCUCACGAAUAACAAUACCCGUAUAUAACUUUAACGUAAUGAACAAAAAACCUGAAUGCCUAGUUAAACAAAG